AGGAAGACGAGGAAAGGGGUUGACGUCACGGUCACGGGGUGCUGGGGACGUGUGUGCGAGUGAAGUGUAAAUUGACUUCAUUGAAGUGUGUGGCGCCGCUGAGGAGAGAGUGCUUAGACGCCGCAGAAACCAGAGAUCGGGAAUCAGCAACAUGAGUCUGUACCCGUCAUUAGAGGAUAUGAAGGUGGACCAAAUGGGCCGAGCACAGGCCCAGAUGGUAAGCGAGAUGAUGUCGGCACAGGUGGAAAAUAACCCGACAGCGCCACCUGCCAUUGCUGGAUAUGCCGCACCUCCCUAUCCGCUGCACCCACCAGAAGCUGCGAAGCAGCAGAAUAGCUUGGCCCAUCUGUACCCUUCUCUGGGAGACUACAUGGGCCUAGAGUUCACUGAUGAGGUUAUUGCUGCGAACAUGCCAGAAUAUUUGGCCGUCGCACAAGUGCAGCCUGGAACUGUGGCUGUGGCCCCAGCCUCAGGACCGGCCGCAGUGGUGCCCUCAGGGAUGGUGGCUCCAAUCUCCGGUGCGUCUCCUGGACUUUACCGAGCUCAGGUCACUAAUUCCAUCCGAGAGAUCACCCUCUGCAAGGACAGUGAGGGCAAGGUAGGCAUGCGUGUCAAGGCGAUCAACAAGGGCGUGUUCGUGUGCCUGGUCAAGAAGAACUCGCCAGCAGCUCUUGCAGGACUGCGCUUUGGAGACCAGAUCUUGCAGAUCAACAGUGAAAAUGUGGCAGGGUAUUCAAUGGAAAAAGUACAUGACAUGCUGAAGAAGAGUCCUACUAAUGGAAUUUCCCUUGCCAUUAGAGACAGGCCAUUCGAGAGAACUGUUACCUUACACAAGGACAGCACAGGUCACAUUGGGUUCCAGUUCCGUGAUGGAGAGAUCACUGCCCUUGUCAAGGAUUCCUCGGCUGCGCGAAAUGGACUUCUCACAGACCACCAUCUGCUGGAGGUGAAUGGGCAGAAUGUGGUGGGGCUGAAGGACAAGGAAGUCUCAGCCAUAAUCAAUGAGUGUGGGCCAGGGUGGUCAAUGGAAAAAGUACAUGACAUGCUGAAGAAGAGUCCUACUAAUGGAAUUUCCCUUGCCAUUAGAGACAGGGUAGACUACAAACUUCUGAGGUUACAAGUAAAAUUCACAAGAUUGAAUUGUAUUUAUCCCAUAAUAGAAGGAGUGAAGAUUCACACAUUUUCCGUUGCAUCUAGUAUAAUGGUCCUAAGUCUGAAUUACCUAUAUACUGUAAGCAGCCUACACAAUGGGAGUCCAUCUGCAUUUGUUCAUGCAGAUAUGUAUUCUUCCAGAGGGAUAUACAAUGUGGGAGAGAAGAAAAGACUAAUAUCGCAGACAAGGAGGAAUGAACUGGAUAUUCUCACUGAGUAA